UUCCGGCAGGACGGCGCGGGCCGCGCGGCCCGGACGGCGGGAGGGGGCCCGCGGCGACGGAGGGAGGGGCCGCGCCGCCUGCCCGAGUCAUUGGAGGACGCGCAGCCCGAAGCUGAUAAAUAAGGGGCCGAGCCGCGGCCGACGGCCAAGUUGGGCGCCCCGACCCGAGCGAGGGCCAGGUCAGCGCCGGCCCGGCGAGGCGAAGCGAGGCGACCCCCGUGCGGCCAUGGCCUCGCUGCUGGGCUCUUACCCGUGGCCCGAGGGGCUCGAGGGCCCGGCCCUGGACGCCGAGCUGUCGGAUGGGCUGUCCCCGCCGGCCGCCCCCCGCCCGCCGGGGGACAAGGGCUCGGAGAGCCGUAUCCGGCGGCCCAUGAACGCCUUCAUGGUGUGGGCCAAGGACGAGAGGAAACGUCUGGCGGUGCAGAACCCGGACCUGCACAACGCCGAGCUCAGCAAGAUGCUGGGGAAGUCGUGGAAGGCGCUGACGCUGUCGCAGAAGAGGCCGUACGUGGACGAGGCGGAGCGGCUGCGCCUGCAGCACAUGCAGGACUAUCCCAACUACAAGUACCGCCCUCGCAGGAAGAAGCAGGCCAAGCGCCUCUGCAAGCGCGUGGACCCCGGCUUCCUGCUGAGCUCCCUGUCCCGGGACCAGAACGCCCUGCCCGAGAAGCGCGGCGGCCGCGGGGCGCUGGGCGAGAAGGAGGACGGGGGUGAGUACUCGCCGGGCUCCGCGCUGCCCAGCCUGCGUGGCUGCUACCACGAGGGGCCGGCUGGCGGCUGCGGCACCCCUGGCAGCGUGGACGCCUACCCGUAUGGGCUGCCCACGCCCCCGGAAAUGUCGCCCCUGGACGUGCUGGAGCCGGAGCAGACCUUCUUCUCCUCCCCGUGCCAGGAGGAGCACGCGCACCCUCGCCGCCUCGCCCACCUGCCCGCGCCCGCGUACUCACCGGAGUACGCCCCCAGCCCGCUGCACUGCGGCCACCCCCUGGGCGCCUUGGCGCUCGGCCCGUCCGCGAGCGUCUCUAUGGUGUCCACGGUACCCGGCUGCCCCCCGUCGCCUGCCUAUUACUCCCCUGCCACCUACCGCCCCCUCCACUCCAACCUCCAUGCCCACCUGGGCCAGCUCUCCCCGCCUCCCGAGCACCCUGGCUUUGACGCACUGGAUCAGCUGAGCCAGGUGGAACUCCUGGGGGACAUGGAUCGAAAUGAGUUCGACCAGUAUUUGAACACUCCUGGUCACCCAGACCCUGUUGCAGGGACCGUGGCCCUCAGUGGGCAUGCCUCGGUCUCCCAGGUGACACCGACGGGCCCCACGGAGACCAGCCUCAUCUCCGUGCUGGCUGAUGCCACGGCCACAUAUUACAACAGCUACAGCGUGUCAUAGAGCCGGGGCCGCCGCCCUCCCCGCCCUGCGCCCCAACAGAGCGGCCGCGACCUGGCAGAGCUGUGGCUCCCACCGCCCCGGGCUGGCAGGCCUGGACUGCCGCUGGCGCCGGGACUCUGCGAUCUGCCCGGGCCCCUCCCCUCAAGGGGGCUGUGCUGAUCCCAGCACCCCCUCCACUCCCUCCAGCCUGCAUUUUGAGUAUUUUCCUUCAAAUGAGUUUUCAUUGGCUGCACCUGGGAAUAAGGCGAGGUAGGUGCUGAAAGGUGCUGUUUCCCGAUGGCUUUUUCACUGACCACUCUCCUCCCUGUCCCCAUCACGGAGACAAAUGCGUAAAAAGCCCAGCCGUAUUCUCACCUCUUUUGCUAAUGACACAGCCGCAGGGGUAGAGCCCUGCUGAUGUUUGGGUCCAUCAGGGGGGGCGAGCCUCCGGCUGGGAUCCCAGGCCUGCUCCACUUCAGAGGGCUGGUGAACCCCCACUGGCGUCUCUUCUCCCCAGAGGCCCUCACCCCCACCUGUAAAGUCAAGGACAGACUUGACAUAAAAGUUUCCCUCUCUGCUCCAGGGUCUUCUGAUGUAGGAUUCUUUCAAAGCUAACUAAAAGGAAAAUGAAGUUCGAUUCAUUAGUAGGCUCAUUAACAGGCUGCCAGGUGAUAAUUCUACGCGCACAGCCCAAAAGCAUGGGGCCUUCUGCACGGCACUGCCUACCCAGACGGUCCUAGUCUUCCAAAGGGACUCUUUCCCAAUUUGAGAAAAAGCAGUCAUUGUGAUCUGGGAAAUUAACCACUAGGGUUGACUGCAUCACUGAAAAUGAGAUUGAAUUCAAGUCUGUUUUUUAUUUUUAUUUUUUACGUAAGUUCUUUUCUUUUUAUUAAACAUGUAUUUCAAGAGAUAUACACAGCCUGAAUGUAUACAGUCAGUGUGUGUGACACACACAACACACACACCUUCAUGAACACAGCCUAAGGCAGACACUCUUGUUGAUGUUGGCGUCUUUUGGUCAAUUCCCUGUUCCUAAUGCCACAAAGAGCAGGGAACCGAAAAAGAAUUUCAACAAAGCAGCACCACUUACCUUCUAUCUGGAUGUGCUGAUUUCUUGAGCAAGAUUUCAGCACACGCAGAUAUAGAAGGAACCUCCUCCCUGCGGUCUCUGUCUCCCUCUCCUGAGAUCUCUUUCCCUCUCCUCCCUGGCUCUGCUUCCACCUGAGUUGCCACUAAUUCAAAGGUGCCCUGACCUCAAACUCUGAAGCAUGAUUCCUAUGGCUGAGAUGGGAAUUGGUUCUUCUCGCCAGCCAGCUGGUUCUUGGUAACAUCUUCAGCCAACACUUCAAAACAACUUCCCCAUUUAUUCUAUUACGUUCCAGAGAACAGAAACACCUGGGAUUCAGAAAGUUUCUGAGCCCUGACCCUACCUGGAAAACAUCCCCAUCUCUUUGAAGGAACCUACCCAGCAGUGAGCUAAAAGGCAGUUGUUUGUCUUUUGAUCUCAGUAUAUUAUUGCCUGUAUAAGUGUUUUAUAUAUUCUCCUAUUAUUUUCACCUUAUAUUUUGUAUUGUUGAAAGAUUUUUUUUCCUUCUGAGGAGUUCUAUUGUAAAUCACUCAUAAAAUAUAAUUAAUCGUUAUGCUAUUACUGUAUACGACACUUGGUAAUAAAUAGUAAAUCAUUGCCAAUAUGAUUGACUGGUGCAGUCCAGAACGGGCUUUCAUGAUCUUGUAAAAUAUCACAGACAUUAAGCUAAACUGUUCCAUUUCUUUUUUUUAAUAACUACACAGGCUUUGGAACAGUUAUAGAUAUUGGUUUGUCUAAAAUAUUUAAUUUAAAUAAUUGUUUUUGUACUGUGAUCAUUCUAUCACUUAACAUAUGGUUUUGCAAAAAGAAAACGUUUCCAAGUGAGGCAUAGAAAACAUGCCCAGUGAUGCUUAUAUUAGUCAAAGUGUUAUCUACACCAACUUUUUAAUUUUAUAAAGUUAUCUUGUAGGGGUGGUUUAUUUUAUGAGUUACGAUAACGAGAUAAAGCCUAAUAUUACAUUUUGAAAAUGGUGUUAUCAUUAAUAUUGAAAGAAAAAGCCAGCCCAUAGUCUGCCUACAGAACAAUUUUCUCUCUGGAAUGACUUCACUCUUAUCAGUGGAAUGUGGUGAUUGUCAGCCUGUCUCAAGAAAGGAAGGAGGUUCUGCCUAAUUUUUCUCUUAUUUAAGGCUAUCACAUUUUUUCUAUUCUUGAAGUAAUCUUGAAAAGCACCCAGAUUUCCCACUUGACUACGCAUUUAUGAAUGUGGUAUAACAAGAUAUUGUGGGCUCGCAAAACCCAGUGGAAUGUUAUGGAGACGGCAGGGGAGCUCACGGAUCAGUGAUUAAAGGAGGAUUUUGUGAGGUUCAGGAUUAAAUUCCCAACCAAAACUGCCUGGAAAAAACUGAUGAUUACUAAGCCCCUUGCAGGUCACCCCUGUCUGGCUUCUCUCUGGCAGGAAGCAGUUGUAACUUGUUCAAGUCAAGGGCAGCCUUGUGUUCUUCCAGGCCCUCUGGGCCAAGGAGUAGGUCUUGGGAAGGCCCAGAUGGGUUUAUGUUCAUCCAAUUUUGAUCAUAAUCUGUAGUCAUUACUUUAAUGGCACUUUAUAGAUGUAGUAAGAUUUACAGCAAGUUUUAUGGGCUAUUUCUCAUCCACAGCCCCAGGGGGUCUGUCACCCAGUCACCCCAUUGCGCAGCCGGCACACUGAGGCCCAGGGUGGGAGGCGGUGCCGCGCCAUUCACCCCUCUCAGCCAGUGGAGGCCAGGGGUCCAGCUCUUCAUCAGGUACAUUUGUUGGCAGCAUCAGCCAAACAGUCCCACAGCUCAAGGCUUUGUGCCUUUUUUAGCACUUCACCACGAAUGAAUUACAGGUUCAUACUGUUCACAGCCUGGGGGAAAACAGAACGAACCUGGAGGAAAUUACCGGGCACAGUUAGAUAAGAUCCGAAUCCCUGGUGGCCCGCCCCCCCACCCCACCCCCUGCGGCUGGCUGCAGGGUCCUCAGCUGGCUGGAGGACUUGACCGGCAGUGUCUGCCCAGGACAGGGGCCCUCCCACUGCCAAAUGGGCACAUUUCAUUCCAGGACACGCUGUGGAUUAGGGGCGUUGUCCCUGCCUCGGGAAAGGCAGGAAGCAGGCUACCGUGCUGCUCUUUCACUUUUGCUCAGCUAUGAAACAGUCAUGCGUAGAAGCCAGGGCUAUUUUAGAGUUCUUGGUGAUGGUUCUGGGUACUCAGUUGCCCCUGGUGACAGAGUCUUUUUUGCUUUGGCUUAUGAGAAUUGAUGGGUAUGCAGUUCCUCGUUGUUGUUCUAAAAUGUAGACGUUACCAUUUCACUGUUUUCCUUAAGGUCCUUCUGCACCUCCUUGUGGCCCACGCAUACAGGGUGGGCACAGACGUGGGUUCAUAUGAAGCCAGGGGGUUCAUGUGCCCAUGCCCCUCACCUGUAAAGGAUCCUGGGGGGGACCCUGAUAAUGUAUUCACAUGGCCAGCUCCAGCCCCCCAGUUGUGCAGGAUGCAGGACCCACAGCACCUGGCCUGUCCCCAUGUGAGUGGCCCUAGGGACGACCUUUCCAGAAGCCUCCCCCUCACCUCCUGCACCCCACCAUGGUGUACCUACUACACAGAAAACCUACUGUGCUCGGAAAAUGCUUUCCUUCCCCAUAAUCCUGUAUUUUUCCCAAUACUCUUCCCCAACUGGAGAGACCCUCACUCCUAUCACCUGUCUGAUGACAUCCCGCUCAUUGUCCAGAUCCAGCUCAGGUGCCCAGUCCUGUCCAGCAGAGGGGGUCGCUCCUCCCUGAGUUCCCACGGGGCUGGAGCAGAUCCCGGUGACGGCACUUGGCCAUCGCCUGGUGCUGGAAUUAUCAACUAGGAGCAUCCUCCCCAGCAGGAGAGACAGAGUAGCUGCUCAAAAAUAAAUGAAUAAACACAGGAAAUGUCCUGUAGGUGUUCCAGGUAAUUUUGGUGGUAAAAACUUGAGACCUCUCGGUCCCUUAUUUUCACACCCAUCUCUCUGGAAACCAAGACCCUGGCGCCUUAUGCAUAUAGCUCUCAGGGCUCGGAGGCUUUCUGUGAUGCAGCUGUGGCUGUCCACCCUCACCUGCUUGCAGCCUGGAGUACACAGGUCGGGAGAGAGACACAGAAUCCCAGAGGGGGAUCUCCUCUCCCAUCCCAUCUUAGAGUCGCAGAUGAGAGCUAAAGACAGUUGAUCUGUAACCUUUAUACUUGCCUACCUUUCCUUUUGAAAAGGCUGUGUUCUUUAGUUCACCCAGUGAAAGGGAUUUGGAAGGAAGGCAGGAAAGUAGGAAGAAAGGAAGGUAAGAAGAAAAGAAGGAAGGGAGAAAAGAAACCUAUAUUUAUCUACCUAUCAUCUAUCUCUAUCUAUCUAUCUAUCUA